GACUUCCAAUGGCGCCCGUUUUCAAAUUACUCUUUCGUUCGCCACGGCGCAAAAAAAUAAUAAAGUAUAAAAAACGCUAUUGAACUUUAAGUCAGCGACCAAUUGAAAUGUUCCUGUUACGAUGAAAUUGGUAUUGCGUUCAUUUUGAUUGCAAUGGGGCGCAAAUAUUAUAUAUAAAAGAUGAUGGCACCCACUCCCGCCACACGUUUUUCGUCACUUGCCAGACUGAGAUUACCGUCUACUGAGAUGGGAAGUGUUUUUUUUUUUUUUAUUAUUAUGAAUAUUUCUUCCAUUAUCUAUUUAUCUAUUCUUCUCCCACAGAGUACCGAGCAGUCACAGUCCUCCCUGAAGAUGAUGAGGUGCGUGGUGUGAGGAAGGUCUCAGUCUCAUCAAUAGAUCCUUUGAAUGUCUCAUGGGAAAGGUGUGGCUGGCAAUCAGGAGACCAACACGUGAUGCGCAGGAGAGUGAUGAAUUAUAUCAUACGCACACACACACACACACACACACACACACACUCCAUGGGGAAAAUUUUGUAGAGGAAAAAAAAGAUGAUGCAGUGUGAAAAUCCAGCGGGGCGAGACGGGGUGGGCAGGAGGAGUGACCCUUGGCGACGAGGUGAGGACACAUUAUCACCUGGAAGCAAUAACGCAGAGCCCGCGGGAUCCACAGCUCAUCAACUCGGCUAUUAUGCACAUGAGCCUCUACCUGACCUGACCGAGGCCUUCAGCAGUCCAGUGCCUGGCGUGUGGGCCAAGCCUGAGGUGCCGCGGCAUUCCCGUGGCCAGAGGAGUGUGUUGGCAGUACUUCUUGCCGUGGGAGACAUUUGGUAAUGGAAGGCUGCGGUGUAGAGGUGCGUGGAGGCGGGGCGGCGGGGUGGGGCAGGGCAGUCUGACGUCUUCUCAGGGCGCGCCAACACCACGCGCACCGCAGCUUCGAGCACACAGCAAGUGUUGAGAGCUCCAAGCGCGUCGCGAGUCUCCGCCGCUGCGACCACCACGCUCCGCCUCCGUGUGGUGCAGGCGUCCGGGAGUGCGUGCCACCUCACGCCUUCAACUCGUCUUGCGUUGUUACGUGAGUCUCUGAGUUGAGCUGAGGCGGUGUGAUCUCUGAGUGCUUAGUUACACCCUUCCCUGCUUGCUGCGUCUGGUUUAUGCAGGAUGAGCACGGCAGAAACCUGUUGUGUGUUGUGACGUGUGGGUCGUGGACUGCUGCCUGCCAUCCAGCCCCUGACUGUGUCGCGUGCGUGCAGCAUUGCAGUGUAGUGACCGCGGUGGUAUUGGGGUUUUGUUCUGCGUCAUUACGCGACCAGUGAUCUUUGGGAACAUAGAGUGGCUAUGCUUACCUGGCGGUGCAAUUGUGCAAGUGUUGCGCGCCGGUAAUUACCUUAGCGUUACGACCCUCGCUCUUGGUCGCUGUUCACCACCACUGGGUUUUAAUGAGCGCGGCUGUGCAAUUGGCCAGGUGUUAAGGAAGGCUUGACGACAGCCGUAUAUGAGCAGUGUGAGGGCUAGGGUCAGUUGAGUUGCGAGGCUGUACUGGCGAACGUGGCCACCUGAGCUGGCCGGCACGGAGCUCCUGCAACCCUCGGCCACGACUCCAGGAGAGGUGGCCCUGGGUAGGCUGCCUUCCCCUACCCUGCGCAAGAGACCCCCGCCUCCUUCCCUGCCGCUGCUGAGUGUUCCGGACACAGGCCCUCCUUCAGGCACCGUGUGUGAGGGGCAGGCGUGUGGGCGGCCGCGUGGAUGUGGGUGCGGCGGUGACGUCGGGAUGAAGGUGAGCGGCGGCGAGGGUGCGGGACCCGCGGGACCCGUGUGGCAGACUCUCAAGGGCCUCAGCUCCCGGGAAUCUUCCUGCGGUAGUCCCACCAGCCCUGGCCCCCAGCAGCAGCAGCAGCCACAGCAGCAGCAGCAGCGGGGCCUGCAGAGCUCCAACGCUGUGGCCGAGCGCCUGGCCCGCCGGGACUCCUGCCCCCUCGACGCCCCCUCCUCCUCCUCCCGCCCGAAGGAGGUCACCCUGCCUCACCUCAUCCUGCCUGAAGGCGACCGCUCGCCAGUGCUCUACAACGGGUCUGUGGCGACACCCGUGUCCGCGCCGCCCAUCACUGCCUCGGGGGAUGUGGGUGGCAGGACGCCUUGGGGGCCGCCCUCCUCCUCCACCACGUCUACCUCACUGUCUAACACCAACCUCACCCUCCACAAAAACGUCGCCGUCACCCCCAACAACAUGCUCCUCACCAACAACAACAUCGGCAACGCCACCACCUCGCCCAAGGACGACGAGACACCCACCGCGGACACUCCCGAGGCGGAGACACCCAGCGUGUUCAGCUUCCUGUCAGGGCUGCCCUACCAGUUCAUGAUUGAUCUCUUUCUCUCGGAUAUUCCCCUCCUGUUACUUCAUGACUUGUACAGACACACGCGGAUCAGUAGCAAGAAGAUGCGCAAACGUGUGGUACAGAAGAACGGAGAGUGCAACGUGUCGCCUUCCAACGUAGCCAAGAGGCGGAGACGGUACCUGCAAGACAUCUUCACUACACUGGUCGACAUACAGUGGCGGUGGACUCUGCUAGUGUUCGCUAUGUCGUUCAUCAGCUCGUGGCUCCUGUUCGCCCUGGUGUGGUGGAUCAUCGCCUACAUGCACGGAGACCUCCUGCCGCACCACCUCCCCGACCAACAAGCCGCCUCCAACUGGACCCCCUGUGUAAUGAGCAUCUUCAGCUUCACCUCCUGCUUCCUGUUCAGCGUGGAGACUCAGCACACCAUCGGCUACGGCUCGCGCCACACCACAGAGAAGUGUCCUGAGGCGAUCUUUGUCAUGUGCAUUCAGAGCAUUACGGGGGUCAUGAUACAGGCCUUCAUGGUGGGCAUCGUGUUCGCCAAACUGUCGCGGCCCAAGAAGCGCACCCAGACGCUUAUGUUCUCGCGCAACGCCUGCCUGUGUCUGCGGGACGGCGAGAUGUGCAUGCUGUUCCGGGUAGGAGACAUGAGGAAGUCACACAUCAUUGAAGCUCACGUGCGCGCGCAGCUCAUCCGCAAGAGAGUCACGCUGGAGGGAGAGGUGUUGCCUUUCUUCCAGUACGAGUUGGACGUAGGUUAUGAUAUCGGGGAGGACAGAAUCUUCUUCAUCUGGCCCAUGACGAUCAUCCACAAGAUCAAUGAGAACUCCCCCCUCUUUGACCUCUCUGCUCACGACCUGCUAAGGGAGAAAUUCGAGAUCGUGGUUAUCCUGGAGGGCGUCAUCGAGUCCACAGGGAUGACCACGCAGGCUCGCUCUUCUUAUCUGCCCAAUGAAAUUCUCUGGGGCUACCGGUUCGAGCCCCUGGUGACGUUCAAUAAGGAGCUCGGAGAAUAUGCCGUCGACUACUCCCUUUUCAACAACGUGUACCAGGUCAACACGCCACUCUACUCCGCGAGGGAACUAGCGCGCCUCAACAGCCAGGAGUCGACGCCAGAAAGAGAAGGCGAAAACUCAAGGUCAUCGUCCCGCCAGCAGCAGAUAGGACAGAAAGAGGAGGAGGGAGAAGAUGAGGAUGACCAGGAGAGCUCCAUCAUCCCAGUUACGCCCCUCACGCCCGCCACGCCCAUGUCCCCGCUGACGCCCAUGACGCCCACCUCCGCCUCGGGCACCGGUUCCUGCGCCCUGGACAUGCACUGCGCCAGCGCCGCCUGCGAGGACACCAAUGCUACCCAGCCUCUUCUGCAGGACCAUAACCAUGUCUAGCAGAUCGCCCCGGGCACCCGCGGGUGUCCGUGUCCGUGCCUUACUGGAGUGGAGAUGACACUGAGGGUGCGAGGCUGCCGAAGCGGACAGCCAUGCCCCAGUGAACCCGCCCAGCUGCCCUCGCCUGCCCUCCGCCCCUCGGCCAACACGUCGAUCGCCUCCCACGCCUGCCAUCCUCAGUCAGACUCCUACCUGGCGGUGGCGGCGACCUCCUACACCCGCCUGCGGCGCACCUCCUCUCACGGGCGCGCAGGGAAUGCCUCCCUCGGCCCCGUCCUGCCCAGCUCCCACCUGCUGGAUCACCUUGCUUGCCAGGCAGGAGGUUCCGCGCGCGUCACCAUCGCCGCCACGCCGCCAGCGGGAGACUCCGACACUCUGGCCGUACCCCGCGCCGAGGUGGGGAGGUCAAGGUCGCUGCGGGAGGGCGGGGGUCUGCCGGGCCCCGGGCACUCCUCCUCAUGGGCGCGGAAGGGCAAGCAGUGGUCUCUGCCGCCCAAGAGGCCUGGCCGCUUCUCCAGCCGCCGCAACCGAUGCAACACAGGUUCCACUCUAGCGCCCCCCGCCUUCAACCGACCCGCGCGGCCAUCCUCCAGUCACCCGGACUUUAGGGAGUUUCGUUUCUGAUCCCCGCAUCCCCUGUCCCCGGUUCUCCCAUCCAGGACUCAUGUGUCUUACUCGCUCAUGGUUGUGAACCCUUCCACCGCCCCUCAGGCGGACACCCGCCUCCCGUGGGAGGCCUCGUGCUCAAGUGAGUGUUGCAUCGCCGACACGCCGCGCCGCCGCCCAGGGAGAACCUGUCGAGCCCCUCGUGCGGCGUGAGGCGCGGCUCGGCCCUCUGUUGGCCCCGCUGGCCCACCGGCGGCCAGGACGAACAUGGUGCUAUUCUUUAAUAUAUAUAUAUAUAUAUAUAUAUAUAUAUAUAUAUAUAUAUAUAUAUAUAUAUAUAUAUAUAUAUAUAUAUAUAUAUAUAUAUAUAUAUAUAUAUAUAUAUAUAUAUAUAUAUAUAUAUAUAUAUAUAUAUAUAUAGGCAUGUACAGUAGUUAUGUAGUUUGUUAUGCACUGUUGUUUACUGGUUGAGUGAUUACAAGUUUGCAGUAGACAAAACCAGGCAAGGGAGGGGGCGCCAUCCCCUCUCCUCGCUCCACACCUCGUGCUGAAACACACCAAGUGGACUGCUGGCCAGGUGGGUCACCACCCUCACCUCACCAUCACCCCUCACCCCCACCACACCACACCACGCCACACCACACCACACCCCCAUACACCCACGCCUGGCCAGUCCACAACGACCCUUCACCCCUCACCCCUCACCACUCAUCCCCAUCACCCAGUGGUACCCCACCCACCCCUCUCGCUGUCACCCUCCCCACCACACUAUGACACACCAUCAUCUUCACCACACCACCACAGCCUCACUCGCCUCAACCACACAUUCCAGCAUAUGCUAGUCCUCAUGUUCUGUACACGUCUGCCCAAGCUCUCUCACUGCACACACACACACACACACACACACACACACACACACACACACACACACACACACACACACACACACACACACACACACACACACACACACACACUGUACAGUACAUUCUCAUUUCCCCUCACACACUACACAUUUGAGAAAAAAAAUAAUAAUAAUAAAUAAAAUAAAAACACAAACCCUACAAACAAAUUCAUAACACAGUAGUAAGACUAAACCCUCUGCUGAUACCUAAGCUUGGACACUGUCAGGGUAUGACAUAUAAGUGCUCAUUUUUAGGAAUACGACGACCUUUUGUAAAGUUAAGAUAUAAGGUUAUCAUGCAUACGUACUCUCAGUGUAGGAUGUAUAAACAAUAGCUAUUUAAGAUUUCACAAAUUCAGCCUUCACACACACACUAUGGGAAAGCCUUGUGAAGAGAACACUUUACGUUACGUUUCAAGAUGACCUCACUGGGGUGGCGUGAGGUGGGUGAGGGUAGCGGCAGGGGUGUGGCAUGGAGGGGAAAUCAAGUAGUUGUUCAGGGCAGUGUUAGGAACCUUCUCUGUUUGCAUAGUUUAUAAGUUAUGUCAGAUACAGUAUUUUACCUAAUUUGUUUUUAAGACUUGUUUAAUGUAUGUGAGACGCUUGAGUGAUGUGAGAAUUGCAUUACGAGGCGUGUAUGUGAUGUUAGUUAUAGCACUGUUCAUUCUUUCAUCAUAUUCUGAUAAGUAACCCAACAGUAAUAUAUUUUCAGUGUGCAAAAAGAUAUUUUCUCAUAAACUGAACAAAUAUGGCAUACAAAAAGCUACCUAAAUGUAUCAAUUAGUAAUAUAUAGCUGUCAAAUUCUGACUAGGAUUCUUAAACCAAGAAAAUACCUAAUACUACAAACAGGAAAAAUGCUUAAAAAAUUAGUAUAUACCUAUUAGAACAGACAAAUAUUGCUUUAACUUAGUUCCUGUGGCCUCAGUAACUCUAUCUAUCAUGAGAAGAUGCAUGGCUAUUGCUCAAGUGUGUGUGUGUGUGUGUGUGUGUGUGUGUGUGUGUGUGUGUGUGUGUGUGUGUGUGUGUGUGUGUGUGUGUGUGUGUGUGUGUGUGUGUGUGUGUGUGUGUGUGUGUGUGUGUGUGUGUAAGUUUCCUACCAUUCGCUGAGCCUCAAGUUUAAGUUCAGUACAUAUCAUUUGUCACAUUCAGCAGUGGCAGAAACACCAGUACUUGUGCUGCUCCACUUCAUACAGCAGCACAGUCCUGGUCCCUGCCAUGCUUACUUGACAUAUCACUCCCUGUUUACUUGGUCCAUGCAUUAUUUCUGAGACAGAGGAAUCCAUUACUCCCUCACCACUAAGCAUUAAAUGACACACAAGAGUUGAGGCAGAAUCCAUUACUCGCUCACCACUAAGCAUUAAAUGACACGCAAGAGUUGAGGCAGGGAAAUCCAUUACUCUCUCACCACUAAGCACUAAAUGACACACAAGAGGAACUGAGGCGGAAGAGUCUUAUCUGUAUGUGUAACUAUGGAAAGAGAGGAGAGAGGAGACAAUGAAAUGGUACUAGGCAUGACUUCUAGGGUUAGAAAUGCUACCUAUAUCUGACACCUAUUCCCGUGAGCUGUAUUCUCAAAUGUUCUGGUGUCUUAUCACUACUACUUUUAACAUGGUAGUUAUUGGGAGCUUUUGAGGAUGUUUUCAUGCACCUAAUAAUUUUUCAACAAGGCUUCUGCAUCAUCAGUGGAAAGAAAUACCUAUAAGAACCUGACAAACCAUUUCUGUAGCCUAUGAAAAUAGUUCUUAUGAGAUCCAGAAAUGUUUAUGAAUACAAGCUGAAGAACCAUCCUUUAACAUGCAUGUAUUUCUAAAGCAUCACAGUUAGAAAUACCUAUGUGAUAAAUGGCAAGAGGUUCAAGUAUGCAAAUUCUCCUAGUUUAUGUUUGAAUGCAAGUGUGAGGUGCCAUUCCUUUAUAAAAAUAUUAGUGUGUGCAUGUGUCUAUGUGUGCAUGUGUGAGUACCUUCUUCAGUGGUGAUUGUCAGCAAGGUAAUCUCAAGGUAGGCCCUGUGGAGUGGUGUUCUGGUGUGCUGUGACAGCAUUCCACUGGUUUAUGUAUGGAAAACUGGAUUGUGUAAGGUGGCUCCUGCUAAAUCUCAUCUGCCACAGCCUCUCCUUUGCUCUGAGUGUGUAGGAUGACAACAGUAAUAAUAAUAAUGAUAAUAAUAACAAUAAAAAUAAUAAUAGUAAUGCAAUAACAAGUGGGUAAAUCAUCAGUGCAUGGCUCAGUGAAGUCAAAUGCCAUAACACAAAGCUAACAGUGACAGUAAUGCCUUUUCUUCACAAGGUCAACAUUUCCCCUGGCACACAUCAGCACCUCACAGCCAACAGCACUCACUAAUAAUCAACAUUCAUUCUUAGUCUACAGAAUUCAUGGAUUAUGUUGGAUUUCACAUAACAGAUGAUCAUUUAUUAGUUAAUCAAAAUAUCAGGUAUGACAAGCAACACCUAAUCAACUUGAUCAAUCCAAAACAGGAUGUACUACGCUUAAAUUAAACCAGAAAACAGCUUAAAUAUAUUUCUCUUGCUCUCUCUCAACAGGUUUUAUAUAUUCCUCUACUCAUCCCACUCUAAGAUGUGAGAGGGAGGAUAUGCUUUCAUAAUGUUAUAGCUAUGGUAGUUUUGCAUCUCCUGUUCACAUAAUCAUUCUUGUACAUAGGAACACACGCCCACAUCCACACCCUAAUCCGUCCUAUGAGUGGUCGUAGUUUGCCCUCUCUUCUUUCUUUCACAUAUACAUACACACACACACACACACACCAACAAACACUUUCCAAAUUCCUCUUCAAAUUGUACCAUAUCUUUCCCUUCUAGCUUAAUCAUAGUCCUUCACACAUACUUACACUGCAUAUUCUUAGAUUUUCCUUCAUGAUAUAUUAUGCUACUUCCAUCCUCACAUUAGUCCUUCACACACAAAUAAACACCCACGCAAAGACACACACAAUAUAUUUUCAGAUUUCCCUUUCAUAUUAUACUGUACUACUUGCAUUACUUUGAUCUGAGCCACAAUUUUUCUUCACCCACAUACACACACACACACACACACAGCCAUGAUAAACACGGCGAAGCCUUGUAUAUAACCUCACAUUGACUCAGACUCGUGCGACGUGAAUAGCACAAGGCCGCCAAGUGACAGUUCUGCUACAGCCCUUCCUUCAUCUGGCACGCAGAAUUGCUGCCGAGGCAUCGUAACAAUAAAGACCAUAUUCUGAAACACUUCUGCACUGCACCUCCACUACUUUCUAAAGGCUCUACUGUAUUUGAAGUGACAAGGGUUUUUAAGGAUGUUUUUACAGUUCAGGUGACAGAUUUACAGUUUCUAUGUUAUCAACAGGGGAAACUCACUUGAGAACCCGGCUAAUCAUCUUUGUGGCCUUUAAAAAUAGUCAUGGUGAGAGCAAAGCAUUUCUGAAUACGGGCUUGAGUUGUGCAAGCCACUCAUAAAGUCUCCGAGGAUUUUAUGUACCAGACCAGACUUCAGGUGUUGUGGUGUGCUGAGUGAGAGCCUCCGUCAAGGAGUGACUGGCUAGUUUGUCAACUCUCGUGCUCUUUACCGUACAUUUAGCCUCUCAAUUUGUUGGAAAAGUUGCCAGUUACAUGUAGUAUUAAAGAUGCCUAUGUGUUACAGAUCUUCUCGUUCUGGUCAUUAUUAUUAUCAUUAUUAUUGUGACGUCUAAUACUAGAUGAUGAUUUUUUUGUAGCCUGGUGAAUGGGUGACCGAAGUUAGUUGUGUUUGGUGUGUGAGAUGCCACGGAAAAGAAUAAAUAACCUAGUGGACUUUUAUCUUGACCUAGAUCAAGUGUACCAUAAGCUAAGAUAUUCAGUAAGGUGUUGUUACUCCUCCCAGCUUUGGUCUUGAGAGGUGCAUAUGACAAGUACUGAGUAGGUGUUAGUCUGUUAGCUGAAGACUAUUUUACAUGCAGUUUUUCCUCAGAAUAAAGUUAUUUCUCA